AUGGAGGUAGGAUAAGAACGCGAAGCUGGGUUGGAAAAUCUAAACCAAAGCAGGAGAGAAAAUACAUUGCCUGUAGUGAGGGAAGAGCAAGGAACAGGGGAAGGAGAAAGAAAAGGAAAGCUUGGACAGAGACAAGAAGAGACUGAGAAGCUGAGAAGAGUGGCCAAACAGGAUACUACUGAAUUCCACUCAACGUGGGAAAUGUGAGCUUCUCUUUUUUAUUUUGUCAAAUGUUCUGUGACAGUAGCUGAUAUAUCUUAUGAAUCUAUAUACAUAUUUCAACAUUUUGAGUGAAUGUGACUGACUUUUAUUUAUUUUCUCUGCUCACAAAUGGGGUUUUCUUACUGCAGAUGGCUAUAUAUUGUGUAUUUGUGCAUGAUGGCUUUGUAAUUUAGCAUGAAUACAUGUGACUGCAGUGAACAUUAAGGUCAUUAUGGGUCAAAAGGAAGUUGUUAUAAAGUUGUUUAAGUUAUUAAAAGUUAUUACUGACAACAAUGCAAAUAUUAUGAAAUGUAUUCAAAUGUAAAUUUUACUAUUCAAUAGAAUCUAAGAGAUUGUUGCCUUUUCUUUGAACUUUUCCCACAGACUGACAAAGGUUUUACAUGCCUAAGUCUGAAGGAACUUAUGCUCUUGUUUUGAAGUGUGUACAGAUAAGAUCUUGACAGUGUGCUAUGCCAGGAAACCUGCAGACCUUUUCCCUUUAAUGUAACAUAACCAGCUUCUUACUUUUGCAGAGACAGGAUAAAAUGGCCUAUUCAACCUAUUUUUAUAGAUCACAUAUCAGGCACAUUAUGUUGGAAACAUACAAAGUUCAUAGUCAGCUAGUUGUGCUUUGCAAAGUCAUCGUGACCAUUUACUGUCUAUCAUUUUCUGUACUGUAUGUCUUUUAUCAAGGGAACUGGCAAGGAAUUAUAUGUGGAAACUGGGACCUCUUGUCACCUGCAGACUAUCCUUGAAUGAAGCAAGAAUAUUAGUGAAUAGUUGAUUAUUGUAACUCUCCCUGAUAACAUCUCUCUGAUCAAUGGUGGACUGUGUUGUUGUUACAGAUGGAGCUGCCACCUCGACCAAAACUCUUUGACUUCCAUGGAGUCUCCAUGACCCACUAUUUCACUGACAACUGGGAGAACAUACAAAACUUCCAGGCCAGACCAGAUGAUAUCCUCAUCGCCACUUACCCCAAAGCAGGUCUGUGCGUGUGUGUUUGUGUGUGUGUUUGUGUGCUGUCGACAUCUUGUAGGGAUAAAUGGAUGACAUGAGACGCAGCUCUUUGACAUGCCUCUCUCUCCCUCUUUAUCUCUUCCUCUUUCUCUCUCCCCAUUUCUCCAUCUUCUCUCCCCCUCUUUCUCUCUCCCAGGUACCACGUGGGUCUCCUACAUUCUAGACCUGCUGCAUUUUGGUCAGACAGCCCCUGAGCGUCAGACUUCACUGCCUAUCUAUGAGAGAGUGCCUUUCCUGGAGAGUGACUUCCAUAUUCUCCCUCCAGGUUAGAAUACAACCAUAAUAUAGCUCUACACACUGUAAAGCCUUUAUCUUGAUUACACAUCAAUAAAGUUUGAAGGGCACUGUGUACUCCAAAUAGAUAACUGAUCAGCUGACAAUGACGCUGCACUUACAAGUCUCAUCAGAGUCUCAGUGUAGAUCAAAUCUUUGUCAUACUUGAAUACAGAAUCUGGAAAACACCAUGCACUAUACCGUAACCUGAUUAUAAGUCCUCAUCAACAGCCAUGUUACUGUCACAAAGUAGAAGGAUAAUUUGCAUGGCUUGAAAUCUUAUACUGUGAGAAGUUGUGCAAAUCACAUAUUCCAGCUACAUGACAAUGAGCAGUUUUACUGUAAAGUCAUCCUUAUCUCCAAAAAGUACCCUAACCAGAACCUCACCCCUCCGUACACACAGGAACGGAGCUGGCAGACAAGUUAUCCACCUCUCCUCGCCUCAUCAAGACUCACCUCCCAGUCCAGUUGGUGCCCAAGUCCUUCUGGGAGCAGAACUGCAGGGUACAUUAUGUGUAACUUUCUCUCUCUGCUUGUUGACUGUGUAGUCUGUGAAUAUGUCUCUGCUCUAUAUGUCUCUGCUCUAUAUAUCUCUGCUCUAUAUGUCUCUGCUGGUGUAGCAUUCUGUCUACAUUUGUGCAUCCUCAAACCUGCUAUGCUGCAUUUUGUCCAGUAAGUGAACUUAAUUAAUGACGCAAUUUGUGUGAAUGCCCAAUGGAGGGCAGCAUAGCGUAACAUAGUACACUAACUAUCACAAACCUCUCUAGAACCAACGUGUGUCUCCUUGUGGAAUGCGAAGACUCCAUAGAAACCCAGUCUUUGUAAACAGUUUUUGUUGUCCUAAUUUUUCCCUUUUCCAUUUCCUUCUGUUUGGUUUGUUUAAGUGAUAAUGCCCGAGAAGCCUGUGUUAGGAGGAUAUAUUGCCAUGGGUGUUGUUAGUCCCGAGACAAAGUUGAGGUCCGGCAAACUGAACCAAUAACACCAGCUUCGAGGGCAUUAUAAUUUUUAUACAACGGGUUACCAACAUUUUCAAAUAAUGAUUGACAUAUUUUCAUUCAAAAUGUUAUUUUGAUUAAUUUAUUCAUACUUUUUCAUCCUUCCAUGAGAUAUAGUCCCGACACAAAUCUAAGGUGGCUACCCAAGCCAGCUGGUUGUUCGUUCUAUCGGUUCAUUUGCCAGAGACGCGACCCAGUUGUUAAGUCUUUUUGUUCUGUAUCUAUGGACACGACCCAGUCGUUUGUUCUAAAUGUUUGAUUGCCAUAAUGGCUGGCAAUGUUCUUAUUCCUUGCUUGCUAGCUAGCCAACUACAGCUAACUUACAGUCACAUCAAACAGUGCAGACAGAAUUACAGCAAAGUAGCUGAACUUGCAUUUGUUUAUGCUGCAUUUGUUUAUGCUGUCUAGUGACAUUUAUUUGGAUACAUCCAUAACAACGAGCUAAUGAUAUGCGGUUUUACCUGGCAUAGAAUAUGUGUUCUCUCGUCAGGACACUGUUGUUCAGAGGAGCUAGCCAACAACACAGCUAACACAAUCACUUCAAAUGGAAGCUGGAAAGACUGCAAACUAUCUGCAUUUCAUUUUCGUUUGACCUGUUUUCAUUUUCGUUUGACCUGACAUUUCUUUGUAUAUAUCCAUAAAAAUGAUUUUGACUGGCUGAGAAAAGCUGUCUGCCUGUCUGUCUCAUCCUGACUCCCAACAUGUUCAUUACUCUGGGACCGCUGGAGAUCGAAUUUCAAUAUUGAAACAAUGUUGCAAAUGUCGGAGAGACAGACAAGGUUUAUAGAAAUCUCCACUGUUGAAAACCACAUUUUAGUCUAAAAGAAAUGGGAGAUAAUUUCUAGAUGUUUUUUUAUAGUGGAGAUCAAGUUUAUAAAUUGCAUGGCUGGGCUGAUGAGACAGUGGAUUGCGCAGUGAGAUGUAACAGAGUAAAUAGGAAUUUCAACAUCAUAGCUUUAGCCGGUGUUAACUUGUGGAAUAGACACCGGCUGGAAUGCGGUUUUAACCUAUCAGCAUCCAGGAUUAGACCCACCCGUUGUAUAAUUAAAUGAUAUACUCUUACAUCAAGUCAUGUUGUAAUUGAAAUGAUUUCUCUCUCUCUGUAGGUUGUGUAUGUGGCCCGUAAUGCCAAGGACAAUGCAGUGUCUUAUUUCCACUUUGACCGCAUGAACCAGGCCGACCCAGAGCCAGGAGACUGGAACAACUUCUUACAGAGAUUCAUAGAUGGAAAGAGUGAGUGAAUGAGAGAAUGAAUGAGUGAAUGAAUGAGUAAGUGAACAAAUACAUUUGAAUGAGUAAGAGAGAUAGCACAGUACAGAUUCUGCUGAUGCUCUGUGAUUCUGGCUUACUGAUCAAUCUCUUUCCUGACUAUGUAUAUCUCUAUCUAUCUUUCUAACAUCCUCUCAUGUCCACAUGGCUGCUUUCCGCAGUGGUGUUUGGUCCUUGGCACGACCAUGUGACUGGCUGGUGGGAGAGGAAACAGACUCACUCUAAACUCCACUACCUUUUCUAUGAGGAUAUGGUUGAGGUGAGUUGAAUAACUACCUCCUGUGCCAUAAAGGUGCUGUUCUUUUUGCAGAUUAUGUAGCGCAUUAACUUACAUAAAGGUAGGCUGUAUAUCAGUGUUAUAUUGUUAUAUUGAUCAUCUCUAGCAUUAGCUUUCAGUGAGGAAGAGUACUGUAGUAGGAUGUCCCUUGUGGGUAUCCGUACCUACAGUGCAUUCGGAAAAUAUAUAAAAAAUCAGGCCCCUUGAAUUUUUCCACAUUUUGUUACGUUACAGACAUAUUCUGAAAUUGAUAUUUUUUGGGGGGAUCAAUCUACACACAAUACCCCAUAAUGACAAAGCAAAAACAGGUUUUUAGAAAUGUUUGCAAAUGUAUAAAAUAAAAUAAACGGAAACAUCACAUUUACAUAAGUAUUCAGACCCUUUACUCAGUCCUAUGUUGAAGCAUCCUUGGCAGCGAUUAUAGCCUCGAGUCUCCUUGGGUAUGACGCUACAAGCUUGGUUCACCUGUAUUUGGGGAGUUUCUCCCAUUCUUCUCUGCAGAUCCUCUCAAACUCGGUGAGGUUGGAUGGGGAGCAUCGCUGCACAGCUAUUUUCAGGUUUCUCCAGAGAUGUUAGAUCGGGUUCAAGUCCGGGCUCUGGCUGGUCUACUCAAGGACAUUCAGAGACUUGUCCCGAAUCCACUCCUGCGUUGUGUUGGUUGUGUGCUUAGGGUCGUUGUCCUGUUGGAAGUUGAACCUUCGCCCCAGUCUGAGGUCCUGAGCACUCUGGAGCAGGUUUUCAUCAAGGAUCUCUCUGUACUUUGCUCCGUUAAUCUUUCCCUCGAUCCUGACUAGUCUCCCAGUCCCUGCUGCUGAAAAACAUCCCCACAGCAUGAUGCUGCCACCACCAUGCUUCAUCGUAGGGAUGGUGCCAGGUUUCCUCCAGAUGUGACGCUUGGCAUUCAGGUCAAAGAGUUAAAUCUUGGCUUCAUCAGACCAGAGAAUCUUGUUUCUCAUGGUCUGAGAGUCCUUUAGGUGCCUUUUGGCAAACUCCAAGCGGGUUGUCAUGUGCCUUUUACUGAGGAGUGGCUUCCGUCUGGCCACUCUACCAUAAAGGCCUGAUUGGUGGAGUGCUGCAGAGAUGGUUGUCCUUCUGGAAGGUUCUCCCAUCUCCACAGAAGUACUCUGGAGCUCUGUCAGGGUGACCAUCGGGUUCUUGGUCACCUCCCUGACCAAGGCUUCUCUCCUCCGAUUGCUCAGUUUGGCCGGGCGGCCAGUUCUAGGAAGAGUCUUGGUGGUUCCAAACUUCUUCCAUUUAAGAAUGAUGGAGGCCACUGUGUUCUUGGGUACCUUCAAUGCUGCAGAAAUGUUUUUGUACCCUUCUCUAGAUCUGUGCCUCGACACAAUCCUGUCCCCAAGCUUUUUAUUUAUUUCACCUUUAUUUAACCAGGUAAGCCUGUUGAGAACAAGUUCUCAUUUACAACUGCGACCUGGCCAAGAUAAAGCAAAGCAGUGUGAUAAAAACAACAACAACACAGAGUUAGAUAUGGGGUAAAACAAAACAUAAAGUCAAAAAUACAACAGAAAAUAUAUACAGUGUGUGCAAAUGUAGCAAGUUAUGGAGGUAAGGCAAUAAAUAGGCCAUAGUGCAAAAUAAUUACAAUUAGUAUUAACACUGGAAUGAUAGAUGUGCAAGAGAUGAUGUGCAAAUAGAGAUACUGGGGUGCAAAUGCGCAAAAUAAAUAACAAUAUGUGGAUGAGGUAGUUGGGUGGGCUAAUUUCAGAUGGGCUGUGUACAGGUGCAGUGAUCGGUAAUGUGCUCUGACAACUGAUGCUUAAAGUUAGUGAGGGAGAUAAGAGUCUCCAGUUUCAGAGAUUUUUGCAGUUCGUUCCAGUCAUUGGCAGCAGAGAACUGGAAGGAAUGGCGGCCAAAGGAGGUGUUGGCUUUGGGGAUGACCAGUGAGAUAUACAGUGAGGGAAAAAAGUAUUUGAUCCCCUGCUGAUUUUGUACGUUUGCCCACUGACAAAAAAAUGAUAGUUCUAUAAUUUUAAUGGUAGGUUUAUUUGAACAGUGAGAGACAGAAUAACAACAAAAUAAUCCAGAUAAACGCAUGUCAAAAAUGUUAUAAAUUGAUUUGCAUUUUAAUGAGGGAAAUAAGUAUUUGACCCCCUCUCAAUCAGAAAGAUUUCUGGCUCCCAGGUGUCUUUUAUACAGGUAACGAGCUGAGAUUAGGAGCACACUCUUAAAGGGAGUGCUCCUAAUCUCAGUUUGUUACCUGUAUAAAAGACACCUGUCCACAGAAGCAAUCAAUCAAUCAGAUUCCAAACUCUCCACCAUGGCCAAGACUAAAGAGCUCUCCAAGGAUGUCAGGGACAAGAUUGUAGACCUACACAAGGCUGGAAUGGGCUACAAGACCAUCGCCAAGCAGCUUGGUGAGAAGGUGACAACAGUUGGUGCGAUUAUUCGCAAAUGGAAGAAACACAAAAUAACUGUCAAUCUCCGUCGGCCUGGGGCUCCAUGCAAGAUCUCACCUCGUGGAGUUGCAAUGAUCAUGAGAACGGUGAGGAAUCAGCCCAGAACUACACGGGAGGAUCUUGUCAAUGAUCUCAAGGCAGCUGGGACCAUAGUCACCAAGAAAACAAUUGGUAACACACUACGCCGUGAAGGACUGAAAUCCUGCAGCGCCCGCAAGGUCCUCCUGCUCAAGAAAGCACAUAUACAGGCCCGUCUGAAGUUUGCCAAUGAACAUCUGAAUGAUUCAGAGGAGAACUGGGUGAAAGUGUUAUGGUCAGAUGAGACCAAAAUGGAGCUCUUUGGCAUCAACUCAACUCGCCGUGUUUGGAGGAGGAGGAAUGCUGCCUAUGACCCCAAGAACACCAUCUCCACCAUCAAACAUGGAGGUGGAAACAUUAUGCUUUGGGGGUGUUUUUCUGCUAAGGGGACAGGACAACUUCACCGCAUCAAAGGGACGAUGGACGGGGCCAUGUACCGUCAAAUCUUGGGUGAGAACCUCCUUCCCUCAGCCAGGGCAUUGAAAAUGGGUCGUGGAUGGGUAUUCCAGCAUGACAAUGACCCAAAACACACAGCCAAGGCAACAAAGGAGUGGCUCAAGAAGAUGCUGGCCUAGCCAGUCUCCAGACCUUAAUCCCAUAGAAAAUCUGUGGAGGGAGAUGAAGGUUCGAGUUGCCAAACGUCAGCCUCGAAACCUUAAUGACUUGGAGAAGAUCUGCAAAGAGGAGUGGGACAAAAUCCCUCCUGAGAUGUCUGCAAACCUGGUGGCCAACUACAAGAAACAUCUGACCUCUGUGAUUGCCAACAAGGGUUUUGCCACCAAGUACUAAGUCAUGUUUUGCAGAGGGGUCAAAUACUUAUUUCCCUCAUUAAAAUGCAAAUCAAUUCAUAACAUUUUUAACAUGCGUUUUUCUGGAUUUUUUUGUUGUUAUUCUGUCUCUCACUGUUCAAAUAAACCUACCAUUAAAAUGAUAGACUGAUCAUGUCUUUGUCAGUGGGCAAACAUACAAAAUCAGCAGGGGAUCAAAUACUUUUUUCGCUCACUGUACCUGCUGGAGCGCAUACUACGGGUGGGUGUUGCUAUGGUGACCAAUGAGCUAAGAUAAGGAGGGGAUUUGCCUAGCAGUGAUUUAUAGAUGGCCUGGAGCCAGUGGGUUUGGUGACGAAUAUGUAGUGAGGACCAGCCAACAAGAGCGUACAGGUCACAGUGGUGGGUAGUAUAUGGGGCUUUGGUGACAAAACGGAUGGCACUGUGAUAGACUACAUCCAAUUUGCGGAGUAGAGUGUUGGAGGCUAUUUUGUAAACGACAUCGCCGAAGUCAAGGUUCGGUAGGAUAGUCAGUUUUACGAGGGCAUGUUUGGCAGCAUGAGUGAAGGAGGCAUUGUUGCGAAAUAGGAAGCAGAUUCUAGAUUUAACUUUGGAUUGGAUAUGCUUAAUGUGAGUCUGGAAGGAGAGUUUACAGUCUAACCAGACACCUAGGUAUUUGUAGUUGUCCACAUACUCCAGGUCAGACCCGUCGAGAGUAGUGAUUCUAGUCGGGUGGGCGGGUGCCAGCAGCGUUCGAUUGAAGAGCAUGCAUUUAGUUUUACUUGUGUUUAAGAGCAGUUGGAGGCUACGGAAGGAGUGUUGUAUGGCAUUGAAGCUCGUUUGGAGGUUUGUUAACACAGUGUCCAAUGAAGGGCCAGAUGUAUACAAAAUGGUGUCGUCUGCGUAGAGGUGGAUCUGAGAGUCACCAGCAGCAAGAGCGACAUCAUUGAUAUACACAGAUAAAAGAGUCGGCCCAAGAAUUGAACCCUGUGGUACCCCCAUAGAGACUGCCAUAGGCCCAGACAACAGGCCCUCCGAUUUAACACAUUGAACUCUAUCUGAGAAGUAGUUGGUGAACCAGGCGAGGCAGUCAUUUGAGAAACCAAGGCUAUUUAGUCUGCCAAUAAGAAUGCGGUGGUUGACAGUGUCGAAAGCCUUGGCCAGGUCGAUGAAGAUGGCUGCACAGUACUGUCUAUUAUCGAUCGCGGUUAUAAUAUCGUUUAGGACCUUGAGCGUGGCUGAGGUGCACCCAUGACCAGCUCGGAAACCGGAUUGCAUAGCGGGGAAGGUACGUUGGGAUUUGAAAUGGUCGGUGAUCUGUUUGUUAACUUGGCUUUCAAAAACUUUCGAAAGGCAGGGCAGGAUGGAUAUAGGUCUGUAACAGUUUGGAUCUAUGAGGAUAUAUUAAAGGCUUCACUGUUGACUGAGGAAGAGAAACUUAACUACACUGCCGUUAAAGAUUUCAUAGGGCAACACAACAUUAUAUUUGAGAGAGCUAGGUUUAAUGUGCGAGAACAGGAGCAGGGUGAAACAGCUGACACUUUUAUCACAGCGGUUCACAAGCUAGUGGAACAUUGUCAGUUUGGCACACUCAAGGAAGAACUGAUCCGAAAUCAGAUUGUAGUGGGAAUAAGAAAUAUCGAACUUUCUGAAAAGUUACAGUUGGAUGCACAGCUUACCUUGUCCAAAGCUGUUAACCAGGUUAGGCAGAGUGAGAUAGUAAAAAAACAGCAGGCAAUGCUGUGCAGCGGCAGAUCUAUGCAGACUGAGUGAAGAGAGCGAGGAAAUAGAUGCGUUCUCAUACCGUGCUAAAAAAAAACUGAGGGGAACGCAGAGACAGACGUGGAGAAAACAAUCACACACAGCGCCAGUAGCCAGUUCAAGCGUUUGUGGCAAAUGUGGGAAAUCCCCUUUGCACAGCUGGAAAGAUUGCCCAGGAAAGGAUGAAGAAUGCAGGAAAUGUCACAGGAGAGGACACUUUUCAGCGGUCUGACGAUCAAAGUUUUAAAAAAUAAAUUCCCAAAAGUUUUUCUGGCUUAGGAAGGCUACAAGGUGACUACAAAAUCCGCCUGAAGAAGGAUGCGGUCCCCUAUGCCAUUACCAACCCUCACCAUGUGCCUAUCCCUUUAUUGGCCAAAGUAAAGGAUGAGUUGGGGAGGAUGGAAGAAAUUGAGGCUGUGUCUAAAAUAGAGAGUCCCACUGACUGGUGUGCAGGGAUGGUGGUGGUCCCAAAAACCAAUGGGGACAUAAGGAUCUGUGUGGACGUGACUAACUUGAAUGAGGCACUCUGCAGAGAGAGACACAUCUUACCAUCAAUGGAGCAGUCGCUGGCCCAGUUGGAUGGCUCACAGGUCUUCACAAAGCUGAAUGCCCGCUCAGGAUUCUGGGAGAUACCCCUGUCACCAGAGAGUAGGGCACUCACAACGUUUAUAACACAGUUUGGCAGGUACUGUUUCAACGUUUUGCUAUUUGGAAUCGCUUCCGGUCCUGAGCAUUUCCAAAGACACAUGUCCCAGCUGUUGUGUGGGCUGAGUGGUAUCAUAGUCCAUGCGGACGACGUGCUUGUGUGCGGACGGGACAGAGCAGAACAUGAGGACUCACAGCAGUUCUGACCAGACUCCAGGAGAUUGGCCUAACACUCAAAGAAAAAUGCACCUUCUCACUGUCAGAGGUCUUGUUCUUGGGAAACAGAAUCAGUGCAGCUGGAAUAGAGCCGGACCCAGACAAGAUCAGCGCCGUCACAGAUAUGCCCAACCCCCAGAACGUUGUUGAAGUCAGGACCUUCUUAGGCAUGGCUACAUAUGUGGGUAAGUUCCUCCCACAGUUUUCAGACACAACUGAACCCCUGAGAGACUUAUUAGCCAAAGAGAAUGACUGGUCAUGGGGUCACAUGCAACAAAAUCAAAGGAGACCUCACAGAGAGUGCUGGCCCAGUACCGUCCCCACGCUAAGACAAAGGUAUCAGCACAUGCAUCAUCUUUUGGGCUGGCGGCAGUCCUCACACAGCUGCAGGACAACAUGGAGUGGUAGAUAAUGCGUUUAGAUAAUACUACAAGUAUAGUAUUCAGUGUGUGUCUUCCUGCAGGAUACGGGGAGAGAGCUGGACAGGCUGUGCUCCUUCCUAGGUUUGUCUCCUUCAGCAGAGGAGAAGGAGAGGGUGAGAGGAGGAGUGCAGUUUGACAACAUGAAGAAGAACAACAUGGCCAACUACUCCACCGUCUCAAUCAUGGAUUUCAAGAUCUCUCCAUUCAUGCGAAAAGGUAGACUUCUCCAUUUCUCCCCUAUACCUCUCUCUCUGUCAGUCUUUCCCUCCUCCUUUCUCUAUGUCCAUCACCUUUUCUUUGCUCAAGAUUAUCUCUCUCGCGCUCUCUCUCUUGCUCUCUCUCUCUCUCCCACCCCCGGUCUCUCCAGGAAAGGUUGGUGACUGGAAGAACCAUUUCACUGUGGCCCAGAGUGAGCAGUUUGAUGAAGACUAUAAGAAGAAGAUGAAAAACACCACCGUACAGUUCCGCACUGUAGUCUAGGGGAUGUGGUCAGGUUGAUUGUUUGAUUGUUUCUGGUCAGGUUGAUUGAUUGUUUAUUUUAGCACAUAUGGACCUACGAUAGCCUCGGCUGGGUUGUCAGGCUUCCAUUGGUCCACAGUUAACUGGGUCAUGGUGCUGAAAUAUACAGGGUGAGGAUCAUAUUGUAUUAUAUCCUAGAGUGUGAAUGAGAAAGAUCAUGAAGUGUCAUAUAAUAAAACAUUUGAGAAUGAUUGAUGCUACUUUGAGAUAUGAGCUAGAGUCAAAUGAGGACAUGCUGCACAGUACCUUCUUAUGAAUGUGAGCUAUUUGUAAAUCCUCUUGCCUGGUCUGUUUUUCAGUGUCUGAGAAAAAAACAGUGAGAGUCGAUACAGUAAUAAAUAUGUGAAUGGAGAAGAACAUUAUUAAGCAUCCAGCAUUGUUUUAUGCAGUUUCAAAAAUAUAUAUACUUUGAAACUAUGUAACAAUUCUUACUCUUAUAGUGUAUACAGUAUGACUAAAUGUAAUACAUUGACGUUCAUGUACUUGUAUUUAAAUUAAUAUGAAAUGUCUCUAUGACCCAAAGCAGUUAGAGAGCCAGUAAUUUGCACAUAUACACACUCACCCUCCACUUUUCACAGCUGUCUCAGCUGCAUGUUCACUAUGCCUGUGAAAAGCAUAACACCUGCACUGUAAAAAGUGGGAUGGUGCUGUUGUUUAUCUGAAGUGCUUCUACUGAUUGGAAUUAUAGAAAAUUACACUUUGGUUCUUCCAACCUAUUUUAUUCAAUUUGGCUGAAAUCAAUUAACAUUUUUUUUAGAUCAGUGUGAUUUUUUAAAUAUAAUGAAAGCUUCUAAAUUGCUUUCAACACCUCAUGCGCAUGCACAUUGUGUAGCGGUAGGGGCAAUGUAGUGGUGGCAGCUUAUCAGAAGAGUUGGAGGCGUGGCUUAUUGGGGUUUUUUUUUUUGUGAGAGUGAAUGUCAUUCCUGUUAAUGUGGUCUAUUGUGUUUGAUAUUAAAUGUUAAACUUGUACACUGCCAGCAUAUGUAAUGAUACUUACAUAAAUGCAUAUGGUACUAAAGUGCCUGAUAAGGCUUUAUGUUGAAGUAGCCAAUGCUUGGUUAUGAUCUCCAUAACUACUGUAUGAAACUUUACCUGUGACAUCUGACCUCCUCACCAUACCUCCUUACCAAGUAACAUUACAGUCUCUUUUGUGUGAUUGUGGGCAUCUAACAAGCAACCGAGCGAUCAAUGGUUGAUGCAGUAGGUGAAAGAUAUGUGUACAGACUGUAAAAAAGCUGCAGCUCAUUCAGAAUGCAGCUGCUAGAAUGUUAACCAGGACCAAGAGAACGGAGCACAUCACUCCGGUUCUUAAAUCUUUACAUUGGCUUCCAGUCAGUUACAGAAUUGAUUUCAAAGUGGUGCUUUUAGUUUAUAAAUCUUUGAAUGGUUUAGGACCCGAGUACAUGUGUGAUAUGUUUGAAGAAUAUAAACCGAGCAGGGCUCUUAGAUCCAUGAACACAGGUCAGCUAGUAGAGCCCAGAGCCCAAACUAAACAUGGAGAAGCUGCGUUUGUCCUUAUAGCUUCCUAUGUUUUUAUCCCAUUUUUAAUUUUUAAUCUUUAUAUGUUUGUUUUUUUAUUGUAUUUUUAUUAUUAUGAUGUUUUCAUUAUUUUUGAUAAACAUCUUUGUAAAGCACAUUGAAUUGCUUCGAUGUAUGAAUUGUGCUAUAUAAAUAAACUUGCUUGCUUACAUGCCUCACACAGUGCACAGGCACACACUCUGCAGCCUAGUCUCCGGUCAGGUAAGAGUGAGACACACCCACACUGUUGAAAAGUGAUUUAGACAGUGUGUUGAAGACUGUGCAGGAGGUUUAAGAUCACAGAAAGACACUAUCUACCACAGAACACUGCCCAUUCUGUAGCCUAUCAGGUGAGUGUGUGUGUGUGUGUGUGCGUGUGUGCUUUGAAGGAAGGUGGGUGAUUGAGUAUUUGCCGAGGAGGUCUUAGUUGAGUAAUUUUACAUGUAACUAAGAUGUUUGGUGCAGUAUUUCGCAAGUGAAAAAAUGUGCAUGAAAACGAGUCGUCUGUCAUUAAAUGACAAAAAACACUUAAUUGAAGAAUCCCUACUGUUGACCAAUCACCGAACUUCGACUAGCCUCAAGAAAAAAUGUGUGCUCGAACAGCCCCGCCCAAAAAACGCUGAACGCUGUCGAUCACCAAAACGGACAAAAAUGUCACAAAAUGUUGUCAUAAUAUAUGCGCAAACUGUUUCAUCUGGGAAGCACAUGGCAAGCUUUAGGUAAUAAUAACUUUGCUCAAUCCUGUGUCCAGCAGACAUUAUAAUGGUCAGCUGCCACCUAGUGGUAUAUGUCUGGUAAUGUAAGUUCCCCCUGGUGAUUUAGUAGUGACACAUGAGAUACUGUGAAAGAGAGCAGAAAACCCCUCAGCUCUGGAGUAGAGCCAGAACAAACCAGACCCUGAAAAACAAAAGAGGGAAGAGAGAAUGGGGGAGGAGACAGGAAAGGAGGAGCACUGAGACUAAAAGAGGAGACAUUUUGUAAGCAGUGCAUUCACCCUGAGGUAUCUUACUCAGAAAGAGCAGGGUAAGUCAGUUAUUUUGGUAUGUAGGAAUUACUAUCAUGUGUAGUACGUUGUUACUGUCAUCGUUUAAAGAAACAUUAAGACUUAGUCUUUGUUAACAUUUGUAGGCGAGCAUAUCAAUGGAGCGUUAUUCCUCUCUAUGUUUGAAUUAUAGAACCAUUCGGAUCGCUAAAAUAUUCUGUUCAAACUUCACAUCCAAGCAUAAACACUCCUGUGGUGAUCCUUGACCAAAUACAUGUCCCACUUUUACAGAUGGAGCUGCCACCUCGACCAAAACUCUUUGACUUCCAUGGAGUCUCCAUGACCAACUACUUCACUGACAACUGGGACAAUGUACAGAACUUCCAGGCCAGACCAGAUGACAUUCUCAUCGCUACCUACCCCAAAGCAGGUCUCUCUCAGUCUGAUGUUGAUGUUUCAUUAAAUAUAGUGUUUUGGUUAGUGAAUGACUGUGUAUCUGUCCCCUAUCUGUAUCCCUCUCUUAGGUACCACAUGGGUCUCCUACAUUCUAGACCUGCUUUAUUUUGGCCAGACAGACCCUGAGCGUCAGACACCCAUCUUUGAGAAGGUUCCUUUUCUGGAGUUGCUCAUUCCUCUUUACCCUCCAGGUUAGAAUAGAGAAUUUGAUAAAUUAAAUCAUACUUCUCUCAUUUUGCCAUUUCUUUGUUAAAAGUUAGAUAAAGUCCUAAGCAGUAAUUCCGUUUUUUAUAUCAUGACAGGAACGGCUGAACAGUGUUAAUAUCCAUCAAACAGCUACUUUGUUAUUCUAAUGUUUAUCCUAGGGGUGGAGGUGCUGGACAACUUAACCACCUCUCCUCGCCUCAUCAAGACUCACCUCCCAGUCCAGUUUCUGCCCAAGUCCUUCUGGGAGCAGAACUGCAGGGUACAGUAUUUGUAACUUCUCCUCUAUGUUUCUCCACUAUAUAGCCGCUAUAUAUAAAUGCAAUCUCUCUCUCUACAGAUAGUGUAUGUGGCCCGUAAUGCCAAGGACAAUGCAGUGUCUUAUUUCCACUUUGACCGCAUGAACCAGGCCCAGCCAGAGCCAGGAGACUGGAACAACUUCUUACAGAGAUUCAUGGAUGGAAAGAGUGAGUGAACGAGAGAAUAAAGGAGUGAUUGAAUGAGUAAGUGAUAAUAGUCCCCAUGCACUCCAUGAAUUUGUCUACUCUGCACUUGCUCAGUGGUGUUUGGUUCCUGGUAUGACCAUGUGACUGGCUGGUGGGAGAAGAAACAGACUCACUCCAAAAUCCUCUACCUCUUCUAUGAGGACAUGGUUGAGGUGAGUAGAAUACUGAUGCUAUGUGUGUGUUACAGUAUUAUUGAGAUGUGUCUAAUGAUCUCAGUGCACACAUAUGCUCAAGAGCCAUACUAACUUCUGCUCUAGGAGGUUAGCUGUUUCCACUGUCGAUAUCUAGUGUGUAUGUGUUCCUACAGGAUACGGGGAGAGAGCUAGACAGGCUGUGCUCCUUCCUAGGUUUGUCUACUUCAGCAGAGGAGAAGGAGAGGGUGAGAGGAGGAGUGCAGUUUGAUACUAUGAAGAAGAACACCAUGGCCAACUACUCCAAGGACCUUGUGAUGGACUUUAAGAUAUCCCCCUUCAUGCGCAAAGGUGAGUGUGUGUGUGUGUGUGUGUGUGUGUGUGUGUGUGUGUGUGUGUGUGUGUGUGAGAGAGAGAGAGAAUGAGAGAGAGAAAUAUUAAACUGCUGGAGCUCAGCUCUUCCAGCUAUCACAACAGACACACAUGAACACACUAAGAGACACAACGUCAUCACAGACACCAUAACAUUUGUGCUGGUACCUGGUGUGGAGACAUUGGAAUACUUUCUUCUGAUCUACUGAACUUUCAAACUAUCAUUAUACCUGUCUGUCUGUCACACUCCAGGAAAGGUUGGUGACUGGAAGAACCAUUUCACUGUGGCCCAGAGUGAACAGUUUGAUGAAGACUAUAAGAAGAAGAUGAAAAACACCACCGUACAGUUCCGCACUGUAGUCUAGGGGAUGUGGUCAGGUUGAUUGUUUGAUUAUUUCUGGUCAGGUUGAUUGAUUGUUUAUUUUAGCACAUAUAGACCUACGAUAGCCUCGGCUUGGUUGUCAGGCUUCCAUUGGUCCACAGUUAACUGGGUCAUGGUGCUGAAAUAUACAGGGUGAGGAUCAUAUUGUAUUAUAUCCUAGAGUGUGAAUGAGGAAGAUCAUGAAGUGUCAUAUAAUAAAACAUUUGAGAAUGAUUGAUGCUACUUUGAGAUAUGAGCUAGAGUCAAAUGAGGACAUGCUGCACAGUACCUUCUUAUGAAUGUGAGCUAUUUGUAAAUCCUCUUGCCUGGUCUGUUUUUCAGUGUCUGAGAAAAAAACAGUGAGAGUCGAUACAGUAAUAAAUAUGUGAAUGGAGAAUAACAUUAUUAAGCAUCCAGCAUUGAUUUAUGCAUUUUCAAAAAUAUAUAUACUUUGAAACUAUGUAACAAUUCAUACUCUUAUACUGUAUACAGUAUGAAUGAACAUAAUAGAUUGAUGUUCAUGUACUUGUAUUUAAAUUCAUAUGAAAUGUCUCUAUGACCCAAAGCAGUUAGAGAGCCAGUAAUUUGCACAUAUACACACUCACCCUCCACUUUUCACAGCUGUCUCAGCUGUAUGUUCACUAUGCCUGUGAAAAGCAUAACACCUGCACUGUAAAAAGUGGAAUGGUGCUGUUGUUCAUCUGAAGUGCUUCUACUGAUUGGAAUUAUAGAAAAUUACGCUUUCGUUCUUCCAACCUAUUUUAUUCAAUUUGGCUGAAAUCAAAUAACGAUUUUUUCUAGAUCAGUGUGAUUUUUUAAACAUAAUGAAAGCUUCUGAAUUGCUUUCAACACCUCAUGCACAUGCACAUUGUGUAGCGGUAGGGGCAAUGUAGUGGUGGCAGCUUAUCAGAAGAGUUGGGGGCGUGGCUUAUUGUGGGCUUGGCUUUUUUUUUGUGAGAGUGAAUGUCAUUCCUGUUAAUGUGGUCUAUUGUGUUUGAUAUUAAAUGUUAAACUUGUACACUGCCAGCAUCUGUAAUGAUACUUACAUAAAUGCAUGUGGUACUAAAGUGCCUGAUAAGGCUUUAUGUUGAAGUAGCCAAUGCUUGGUUAUGAUCUCCAUAACUACUGUAUGAAACUUUACCUGUGACAUCUGACCUCCUCACCAGACCUCCUUACCAAGUAACAUUUCAGAGUCUCUUUUGUAUGUGAUUGUGGGCGUCUAAAAAGCAACCGAGCGAUCAAAGGUUGAUGCAGUAUGUGAAAGACAUGUGUACACGCCUCACACAGUGCACAGGCACACAAUCUGCAGCCUAGUCUCCGGUCAGGUAAGAGUGAGACACACCCACACUGUUGAAAAGUGAUUUAGACAGUGUGUUGAAGACUGUGCAGGAAGUUUAAGAUCACAGAAAGACAAAGACACUAUCUACCACAGAACACUGCACAUUCUGUAGCCUAUCAGGUGAGUGAGUGUGUGUGUGUGUGAGCGUAUGUGCUUUGAAGGAAGGUGGGUGAUUGAGUAUGUUUGGGGUCAGGUCAGAUGUGUAAAGGCAUCUGCAUACAUAGGUUCGGUUUGUUCUUAGCAGAACUCGGCAAGGUAAAGCCUCGCAUACUUCCUUAAAAAGCCAUUCGCUUGAAAAACAAGAAACAAGCAGAAAUAUUACAGUUUGUAAGCCAGUACACCUCCUCAAAAUACUCAGAAUUAAUCUAAGAUAAUUCAAGAAUUUUGACGCUUUUGCCGAGGAGGUCUUAGUUGAGUAAUUUUACAUGUAACUAAGAUGUUUGGUGCAGUAUUUCGCAAGUGAAAAAAUGUGCAUGAAAACGAGUCGUCUGUCAUUGAAUGACAAAAAACACUUAAUUGAAGAAUCCCUACUGUUGACCAAUCACCGAACUUCGACUAGCCUCAAGAAAAAAUGUGUGCUCGAACAGCCCCGCCCAAAAAACGCUGAACGCUGUCGAACACCAAAACGAACAAAAAUGUCACAAAAUGUUGUCAUAAUAUAUGCGCAAACUGUUUCAUCUGGGAAGCACAUGGCAACCUUUAGGUAAUAAUAACUUUGCUCAAUCCUGUGUCCAGCAGACAUUAUAAUGGUCAGCUGCCACCUAGUGGUAUAUGUCUGGUAAUGUAAGUGCCCCCUGGUGAUUUAGUAGUGACACAUGAGAUACUGUGAAAGAGAGCAGAAAACCCCUCAGCUCUGGAGUAGAGCCAGAACAAACCAGACCCUGAAAAACAAAAGAGGGAAGAGAGAAUGGGGGAGGAGACAGGAAAGGAGGAGCACUGAGACUAAAAGAGGAAACAUUUUGUAAGCAGUGCAUUCACCCUGAGGUAUCUUACUCAGAAAGAGCAGGGUAAGUCAGUUAUUUUGGUAUGUAGGAAUUACUAUCAUGUGUAGUACGUUGUUACUGUCAUCGUUUAAAGAAACAUUAAGACUUAGUCUUUGUUAACAUUUGUAGGCGAGCAUAUCAAAGGAGCGUUAUUCCUCUCUAUGUUUGAAUUAUAGAACCAUUCGGAUCGCUAAAAUAUUCUGUUCAAACUUCACAUCCAAGCAUAAACACUCCUGUGGUGAUCCUUGACCAAAUACAUGUCCCACUUUUACAGAUGGAGCUGCCACCUCGACCAAAACUCUUUGACUUCCAUGGAGUCUCCAUGACCAACUACUUCACUGACAACUGGGACAAUGUACAGAACUUCCAGGCCAGACCAGAUGACAUUCUCAUCGCUACCUACCCCAAAGCAGGUCUCUCUCAGUCUGAUGUUGAUGUUUCAUUAAAGAUAGUGUUUUGGUUAGUGAAUGACUGUGUAUCUGUCCCCUAUCUGUAUCCCUCUCUUAGGUACCACAUGGGUCUCCUACAUUCUAGACCUGCUUUAUUUUGGCCAGACAGACCCUGAGCGUCAGACACCCAUCUUUGAGAAGGUUCCUUUUCUGGAGUUGCUCAUUCCUCUUUACCCUCCAGGUUAGAAUAGAGAAUUGGAUAAAUUAAAUCAUACUUCUCUCAUUUUACCAUUUCUUUGUAAAAAGUUAGAUAAAGUCCUAAGCAGUAAUUCCGUUUUUUAUAUCAUGACAGGAACGGCUGAACAGUGUUAAUAUCCAUCAAACAGCUACUUUGUUAUUUUAAUGUUUAUCCUAGGGGUGGAGGUGCUGGACAACUUAACUACCUCUCCUCGCCUCAUCAAGACUCACCUCCCAGUCCAGUUGCUGCCCAAGUCCUUCUGGGAGCAGAACUGCAGGGUACAGUAUUUGUAACUUCUCCUCUAUGUUUCUCCACUAUAUAGCCACUAUAUAUAAAUGCAAUCUCUCUCUCUACAGAUAGUGUAUGUGGCCCGUAAUGCCAAGGACAAUGCAGUGUCUUAUUUCCACUUUGACCGCAUGAACCAGGCCCAGCCAGAGCCAGGAGACUAGAACAACUUCUUACAGAGAUUCAUGGAUGGAAAGAGUGAGUGAACGAGAGAAUAAAGGAGUGAUUGAAUGAGUAAGUGAUAAUAGUCCCCAUGCACUCCAUGAAUUUGUCUACUCUGCACUUGCUCAGUGGUGUUUGGUUCCUGGUAUGACCAUGUGACUGGCUGGUGGGAGAAGAAACAGACUCACUCCAAAAUCCUCUACCUCUUCUAUGAGGACAUGGUUGAGGUGAGUAGAAUACUGAUGCUAUGUGUGUGUUACAGUAUUAUUGAGAUGUGUCUAAUGAUCUCAGUGCACACAUAUGCUCAAGAGCCAUACUAACUUCUGCUCUAGGAGGUUAGCUGUUUCCACUGUCGAUAUCUAGUGUGUAUGUGUUCCUACAGGAUACGGGGAGAGAGCUAGACAGGCUGUGCUCCUUCCUAGGUUUGUCUACUUCAGCAGAGGAGAAGGAGAGGGUGAGAGGAGGAGUGCAGUUUGAUACUAUGAAGAAGAACACCAUGGCCAACUACUCCAAGGACCUUGUGAUGGACUUUAAGAUAUCCCCCUUCAUGCGCAAAGGUGAGUGUGUGUGUGUGUGUGUGUGUGUGUGUGUGUGUGUGUGAGAGAGAGAGAGAAUGAGAGAGAGAAAUAUUAAACUGCUGGAGCUCAGCUCUUCCAGCUAUCACAACAGACACACAUGAACACACUAAGAGACACAACGUCAUCACAGACACCAUAACAUUUGUGCUGGUACCUGGUGUGGAGACAUUGGAAUACUUUCUUCUGAUCUACUGAACUUUCAAACUAUCAUUAUACCUGUCUGUCUGUCACACUCCAGGAAAGGUUGGUGACUGGAAGAACCAUUUCACUGUGGCCCAGAGUGAACAGUUUGAUGAAGACUAUAAGAAGAAGAUGAAAAACACCACCGUACAGUUCCGCACUGUAGUCUAGGGGAUGUGGUCAGGUUGAUUGUUUGAUUAUUUCUGGUCAGGUUGAUUGAUUGUUUAUUUUAGCACAUAUAGACCUACGAUAGCCUCGGCUUGGUUGUCAGGCUUCCAUUGGUCCACAGUUAACUGGGUCAUGGUGCUGAAAUAUACAGGGUGAGGAUCAUAUUGUAUUAUAUCCUAGAGUGUGAAUGAGGAAGAUCAUGAAGUGUCAUAUAAUAAAACAUUUGAGAAUGAUUGAUGCUACUUUGAGAUAUGAGCUAGAGUCAAAUGAGGACAUGCUGCACAGUACCUUCUUAUGAAUGUGAGCUAUUUGUAAAUCCUCUUGCCUGGUCUGUUUUUCAGUGUCUGAGAAAAAAACAGUGAGAGUCGAUACAGUAAUAAAUAUGUGAAUGGAGAAUAACAUUAUUAAGCAUCCAGCAUUGAUUUAUGCAUUUUCAAAAAUAUAUAUACUUUGAAACUAUGUAACAAUUCAUACUCUUAUACUGUAUACAGUAUGAAUAAACAUAAUAGAUUGAUGUUCAUGUACUUGUAUUUAAAUUCAUAUGAAAUGUCUCUAUGACCCAAAGCAGUUAGAGAGCCAGUAAUUUGCACAUACACACACUCACCCUCCACUUUUCACAGCUGUCUCAGCUGCAUGUUCACUAUGCCUGUGAAAAGCAUAACACCUGCACUGUAAAAAGUGGGAUGGUGCUGUUGUUCAUCUGAAGUGCUUCUACUGAUUGGAAUUAUAGAAAAUUACGCUUUCGUUCUUCCAACCUAUUUUAUUCAAUUUGGCUGAAAUCAAAUAACGAUUUUUUCUAGAUCAGUGUGAUUUUUUAAACAUAAUGAAAGCUUCUGAAUAGCUUUCAACACCUCAUGCACAUGCACAUUGUGUAGCGGUAGGGGCAAUAUAGUGGUGGCAGCUUAUCAGAAGAGUUGGGGGCGUGGCUUAUUGUGGGCUUGGCUUUUUUUUUGUGAGAGUGAAUGUCAUUCCUGUUAAUGUGGUCUAUUGUGUUUGAUAUUAAAUGUUAAACUUGUACACUGCCAGCAUCUUUAAUGAUACUUACAUAAAUGCAUGUGGUACUAAAGUGCCUGAUAAGGCUUUAUGUUGAAGUAGCCAAUGCUUGGUUAUGAUCUCCAUAACUACUGUAUGAAACUUUACCUGUGACAUCUGACCUCCUCACCAUACCUCCUUACCAAGUAACAUUUCAGAGUCUCUUUUGUAUGUGAUUGUGGGCGUCUAACAAGCAACCGAGCGAUCAAAGGUUGAUGCAGUAUGUGAAAGACAUGUGUACACGCCUCACACAGUGCACAGGCACACAAUCUGCAGCCUAGUCUCCGGUCAGGUAAGAGUGAGACACACCCACACUGUUGAAAAGUGAUUUAGACAGUGUGUUGAAGACUGUGCAGGAAGUUUAAGAUCACAGAAAGACAAAGACACUAUCUACCACAGAACACUGCCCAUUCUGUAGACUAUCAGGUGAGUGAGUGUGUGUGUGUGUGAGCGUAUGUGCUUUGAAGGAAGGUGGGUGAUUGAGUAUGUUUGGGGUCAGGUCAGAUGUGUAAAGGCAUCUGCAUACAUAGGUUCGGUUUGUUCUUAGCAGAACUCGGCAAGGUGAAGCCUCGCAUACUUCCUUAAAAAGCCAUUCGCUUGAAAAACAAGAAACAAGCAGAAAUAUUACAGUUUGUAAGCCAGUACACCUCCUCAAAAUACUCAGAAUUAAUCUAAGAUAAUUCAAGAAUUUUGACGCUUUUGCCGAGGUCGUCUUAGUUGAGUAAUUUUACAUGUAACUAAGAUGUUUGGUGCAGUAUUUCGCAAGUGAAAAAAUUUGCAUGAAAACGAGUCGUCUGUCAUUGAAUGACAAAAAACACUUAAUUGAAGAAUCCCUACUGUUGACCAAUCACCGAACUUCGACUAGCCUCAAGAAAAAAUGUGUGCUCGAACAGCCCCGCCCAAAAAACGCUGAACGCUGUCGAACACCAAAACGAACAAAAAUGUCACAAAAUGUUGUCAUAAUAUAUGCGCAAACUGUUUCAUCUGGGAAGCACAUGGCAACCUUUAGGUAAUAAUAACUUUGCUCAAUCCUGUGUCCAGCAGACAUUAUAAUGGUCAGCUGCCACCUAGUGGUAUAUGUCUGGUAAUGUAAGUGCCCCCUGGUGAUUUAGUAGUGACACAUGAGAUACUGUGAAAGAGAGCAGAAAACCCCUCAGCUCUGGAGUAGAGCCAGAACAAACCAGACCCUGAAAAACAAAAGAGGGAAGAGAGAAUGGGGGAGGAGACAGGAAAGGAGGAGCACUGAGACUAAAAGAGGAGACAUUUUGUAAGCAGUGUAUUCACCCUGAGGUAUCUUACUCAGAAAGAGCAGGGUAAGUCAGUUAUUUUGGUAUGUAGGAAUUACUAUCAUGUGUAGUACGUUGUUACUGUCAUCGUUUAAAGAAACAUUAAGACUUAGUCUUUGUUAACAUUUGUAGGCGAGCAUAUCAAUGGAGCGUUAUUCCUCUCUAUGUUUGAAUUAUAGAACCAUUCGGAUCGCUAAAAUAUUCUGUUCAAACUUCACAUCCAAGCAUAAACACUCCUGUGGUGAUCCUUGACCAAAUACAUGUCCCACUUUUACAGAUGGAGCUGCCACCUCGACCAAAACUCUUUGACUUCCAUGGAGUCUCCAUGACCAACUACUUCACUGACAACUGGGACAAUGUACAGAACUUCCAGGCCAGACCAGAUUACAUUAUCAUCGCUACCUACCCCAAAGCAGGUCUCUCUCAGUCUGAUGUUGAUGUUUCAUUAAAGAUAGUGUUUUGGUUAGUGAAUGACUGUGUAUCCGUCCCCUAUCUGUAUCCCUCUCUUAGGUACCACAUGGGUCUCCUACAUUCUAGACCUGCUGUAUUUUGGCCAGACAGACCCUGAGCGUCAGACACCCAUCUUUGAGAAGGUUCCUUUUCUGGAGUUGCUCAUUCCUCUUUACCCUCCAGGUUAGAAUAGAGAAUUGGAUAAAUUAAAUCAUACUUCUCUCAUUUUGCCAUUUCUUUGUUAAAAGUUAGAUAAAGUCCUAAGCAGUAAUUCCAUUUUUUAUAUCAUGACAGGAACGGCUGAACAGUGUUAAUAUCCAUCAAACAGCUACUUUGUUAUUCUAAUGUUUAUCCUAGGGGUGGAGGUGCUGGACAACUUAACUACCUCUCCUCGCCUCAUCAAGACUCACCUCCCAGUCCAGUUGCUGCCCAAGUCCUUCUGGGAGCAGAACUGCAGGGUACAGUAUUUGUAACUUCUCCUCCAUGUUUCUCCACUAUAUAGCCGCUAUAUAUAAAUGCAAUCUCUCUCUCUGCAGAUAGUGUAUGUGGCCCGUAAUGCCAAGGACAAUGCAGUGUCUUAUUUCCACUUUGACCGCAUGAACCAGGCCCAGCCAGAGCCAGGAGACUGGAACAACUUCUUACAGAGAUUCAUGGAUGGAAAGAGUGAGUGAACGAGAGUAUAAAGGAGUGAUUGAAUGAGUAAGUGAUAAUAGUCCCCAUGCACUCCAUGAAUUUGUCUACUCUGCACUUGCUCAGUGGUGUUUGGUUCCUGGUAUGACCAUGUGACUGGCUGGUGGGAGAAGAAACAGACUCACUCCAAAAUCCUCUACCUCUUCUAUGAGGACAUGGUUGAGGUGAGUAGAAUACUGAUGCAAUGUGUGUGUUGCAGUAUUAUUGAGAUUUGUCUAAUGAUCUCAGUGCACACAUAUGCUCAAGAGCCAUACUAACUGCUGCUCUAGGAGGUUAGCUGUUUCCACUGUCGAUAUCUAGUGUGUAUGUGUUCCUGCAGGAUACGGGGAGAGAGCUAGACAGGCUGUGCUCCUUCCUAGGUUUGUCUCCUUCAGCAGAGGAGAGGGAGAGGGUGAGAGGAGGAGUGCAGUUUGACAACAUGAAAAAGAACAACAUGGCCAACUACUCCAAGGACCUUGUGAUGGACUUUAAGAUAUCCCCCUUUAUGCGCAAA